UAUCAUAAUUAGAUUAGGCCUUACUGAAUACAUCUGUCUUUCUCUCUCUCUCUUCCUCCUCUAACCAACUUUUGUGUGUUUGUUUUAGAAAAUGGCAUAAGCAUAACCAACAAGAAGACGACUUUCUCAAUAAUUCCAAAACCUCUUUCUGAAACACCAAAGAGGGAGAGAGAGAUCGAUGAGCCGGAGGAACAAGAACGGCCCUAAGAUUGAGCUGAGGCUGAAUCUUUCGCCGCCUCCUCCUCAAGCCAGCCAGAUGAGUCUUGUUCGAUCACCGACCCGAUCCAACUCAACUUCACCGAGCUCAUGCGUUUCGUCUGAAACGAACCAGGAGGACGAGAUCGACACAACAACAACCUCAAUGGUUCUUGUAGGUUGCCCUCGUUGCCUUCUGUACGUUAUGCUUUCUGACGAUGACCCUAAAUGUCCUAAAUGCAAAAGCACCGUUCUUCUCGAUUUCCUCCACCAUCAAAACGCUUCUGCCGCUACAACAACAGCUCCCGCUGCCAACACCAAACGCAAGAAGACCUGGUGGAGGAACUGAUCCAAACCCGUGUUUCUUUUUCUGUUGUGUGUGUAUGUAAUCGAGGGAUCUCAAACCGAAAUCUAAACUAAUCCAAACCGUAUUUUUAUGGUUUGUCCUUUUGAUUUUUCUCUAUAGUUGUUUUGUCUUUAGGCUAGUGCUAAUCACGCUCCAUUUUUAGACCAGACUUGAAGUGGAGCGUGAAUAGCACUAACUUUGCUUAAAAUGGAUGAAAGAUUAUUUUUUAUAAUAUGAUGCUUAGUACUGAUGAAACAUUUAUUGUUGUUGUUUCGUUUCCACGUUUACUUCUUUUUUU